UCUCAGGCGGUCACAGUCCAAUCUGUGGUCGGAUUUCGUGACUCCGCACGCGGGCGGGCAGCACCAGUGUGAUGAACGCGUGGGAAACUUCGGAGGACGGAUAUAUGGAUCUAAUGCGCUUAAACCUGCUGGACUGAUGCGGAAGUGGAAUUCCUCGAGUUGACGGAAGCACGCGGUGGAGUUAAGGCGAAAGCUGAGAGAGAUCAGAACGCAUACGCGCGCGCAUACACUGCAGUAACCCAACCCGGAACUGGAGGGGAGGAGAUAGAGGAGAACAAGAAAAACCGGUGAGCAGCUGUGAGGCAGGGAGAGUGUGUGAAAGAAGAAGAGUUCAGUCCUGUCAGCAUAACCCCAGAGACCUGCUAAGGGGAAAGAAGGAGACCUACUGACCUGGUGGAAACCAGUUUUAAAAAAAAACAACAACCAACAACUGGAAUCGGACACUGCUAGGACGACAUUUAAAAAGGAAGGGAAACGGAUGCAUAGAUCAGUAUCUGAGAUCAAGGACCAUGACAGACUGAGUACUAACUAAAGCAGAAUUCAAGUGCACCUGCAGCUAGACACCAUCUGAGGACACGUUUUCAAAUCUUCAACACUACACAGUGUUAUCGAUACAAAAGAUGAACUGAGAUUGUUUGGAGGGUUUAAAUUUUUUUUUUUUAAAAAAACCUUUGGACUAUCCAUUGUGCAGCUUGUGUUGUAGUAUGGAGAAAGGUCCAUGCACAGGCCUGACACCUUUUUUCUGGGCCAGAUGAGGGGUUGCAGGCCAAGUUUGCUGCAGGGCCGGCGGUUCCACUGCCGGGAAUGGGCCCUGGAGAAGGUGAAGAGAUACCUGGAGGCAAGAAAUCAGGUCAAAGGGGUGAAGGACUCCUCCCAUCCCACAUUGGGUGUCCUAGUGAUAGGGGGGCCUGGUACAGGUAAGACGGCCUUCUGCACAGAGCUGGUCUGGCCCCAAUCAGAAGCCGGGAGAGCGUUCGGGCUGGCAUCGAGGUGUCUGGCUUGGCACUAUUGUCAGAGGGAAGAUGCAGACAGCCUAGAGGUUUGGAGGUUUGUGCUGGGCCUGGUAGAACAGCUGCGUAAUAGUCCUCUAUUGGCACCGAACUACAGAAACCUCUUAGCCAACCCUGCUAUUGCUACCAGCCUCGAGCCUCUUCACUGCCAACGUGACCCAGAUGACACCUUUAAAAGGGCAGUUGUGGAGACCUUGCUCUCCAUACCCUCUCCAUCUCAGAGUGUUUACAUAGUGGUAGAUUCUCUGGAUUUUGACUGUAGUGGGACUGUUGGAGUUGGUGAAGGUCUGACAGCAGGGACUACAGGUACUCAGAGUACUUCAAUAGCGGAGCUCCUCCUCAGGCACCACCAGUACUUGCCACCCUGGGUUCUCCUGGUCUGUUCUGCACGCAGACAGAAUAAGGCGGUGUGCAAGAUGUUUUCAGGAUUUCGAAAACUGUGUCUAGAUGACUUGCGGAAACCUGUGGCUGUACGUGAUGUUCAGCAUUAUAUUCUCCGGAGGCUAGAUCAGGAGGGGACACUGCGGCGGCAGCUCACACCAGAGACCGCUGAUAUGCUUAACUUGCUGCAUAUCAAGAGUGGUGGCUGCUUUCUCUUCCUUGAGCGAGUACUGGAUGGUGUGGCAAGUGGUUUAGUAGGGCUCAGAGAAAUCCGGGACAUUCCAGGUACACUAAAUGGUCUCUAUUUAUGGCUCUGUCAGCGUCUCUUCCCCCGUAAACUCUUUGUCCACGUUAGACCCUUGCUCAACAUUAUUCUUGCCUCCCCACGACCAAUAAAUCUUGAGGAACUUUUCACUGCUGCACGAACUAGAGAUGCUUGUCUGGUACAUGAGGACUUUCAGUCACAAAUGCGUGCUCUGGCACCACUGAUAGUAGAUGGGCCAGAGGGGAGAAAGCUCUUGUUCCAUAGUAGCUUUGCAGAGUGGUUAACUGAUGUAAAGUACUGUACACAGAAGUUUCUGUGCAGUACUACAGAUGGUCAUCUUUCACUUGCCAUGUCCCUGUCAUUGAGAUCUAAAAGCCUUAACACGGAAGAGGUAUGCCAAAUGGGCCAUCACCUCCUCAGCAGUGGAAUACAUUCAGGUGAGCCAGCACUGCUGGCUCUAUGGAUGCUUUGGACUGGAGUUCCCACUCUUGGCAGUGGUGGGAGGGGCGUUUCUGCCACUGUCUCUCAACAUCCAUUUUCCAUGCAAACACCUGUGCUGGUUCAACAGGAUGUACUACAGCUUCUUAUGAAAAGUGGUGUGUACCCCCCCACCUGUUCCCCAGACAGUGGUCCUAGUGUGGGUGUACACUGUGUGGGUAAAGGGAGAGCAAUACUAAGAAGGGCGUUGCAAAGAGAGGACUCUGUACGAGCACUUUUGGAUAGUGGGAUUAAUGUAAACAGGACAGACCCAUCAGAUGGACGAACUCUGCUCUCUACUGCAGCCCACACAGGGCUUGUAGAUAUAACUGCACUACUACUGUGUCGUGGAGCAGACCCUUCUAUAAGUGACAACCAGGGACAGACACCGCUAACACUUGCAGCCAGGCAGGGUCAUGUGGGUGUACUUCAGGUUAUACUGGACUGGAUUCAGGAUCAAGGGUGUGACACUGCUCAAACAUUGCUGGAGCAUGCAGACAGUGAAGGAUGGACUGCUCUGAGAUCAGCCUCAUGGGGUGGUCAUAAGGAGGCAGUGAAGAUACUUCUAGAGGCAGGAGCAGAGGUAGACGGUUGUGAUCCAGAUGGGCGUACUGCUUUACGUGCUGCUGCCUGGGGGGGUCACGAGGAAAUCUUGCUGACUCUCCUUGACCACGGUGCUAAAGUUGAUAGCAUGGACCAUGAAGGCCGUACUCCACUCAUUGCGGCUGCCUACAUGGGGCAUAAGGAGGCAGUAGAGAUAUUGCUGGAUGCUGGUGCAGAAGUGGAUCUGGCAGAUGGGGAUGGACGUACUGCGCUCUCAGUGGCUGCGCUGUGUGUGCCAACAGCCGCAGGGGGAAGAGGACAUGGAGAGGUUGUAAGUCUGUUGUUGGAAAGGGGUGCUGAUCCAGAGCAUAAGGACAAAAAUGGGAUGACACCUUUACUCCUUGCCUCCUAUGAAGGACACGAGGAAGUGGUAGAGCUGCUCCUGGAGGCUGGGGCUGAUGUGGAUGAGAGUGCUGGAGCCUACCCCUCUGCUAUCACACCUCUCCUUGCAGCUGCAGCCAUGGGCCAUGCAGGCACAGUGAACCGUAUGCUAUUUUGGGGGGCAGCAGUAGAUGCUAUUGAUGGGGAAGGUCGCACAGCACUCUGCUUAGCUGCCGCUAAGGGCAGCGUUGAAGUUGUGCGAGCCCUGCUGGACCGGGGCCUGGAUGAGAAUCACAAAGAUGAUUUGGGCUGGACACCACUGCACACAGCUGCCUGUGAGGGCCACAAGAGUGUUUGUACGGUACUCACAGUGCAAGGUAGUAUGGCUAGAGUUGGUGAACUGGACGUGGAGGGCCGGAUUCCACUCAUUCUGGCAGCACAGGAAGGUCACUGCAGUACAGUUAGACUCCUGCUUGACCGUAAAUCACCUAUUGAUCAUCGAGGGUACAAUGGACACUCUGCCCUCAGUGCAGCUGCCCUGCAAGGGCAUGAGGAGGUGGUAGAACUGCUCUUGAGACGUGGAGCUGACUCUGAUGUUCGAGAUGCAGAAGGAAGACCUCUUCUGUACUUGUUAAUUCUGGAAGGCUGUUUGGGUAUAGCCACCUUACUCAUAGAGAAAGGGGGUGUUCCACUAGAAUCAAGAGAUGCAGAGGGCCGUACAGCACUACAUGUAGCAGCUUGGCAAGGUGACCUAAAUGGGAUUGAGCUGUUGCUAAGACAUGGUGCAGACCCUAAUGCACUGGACUCAGAAGGCCGACCACCACUGCACUCCGUGGCUUGGAGGGGGCACAUCAGUGCUGGCAGAUUGCUCCUCAGGGCUAGGGGCAUAAAUGUUGAUCUUGCUUGCAAAAAGCAAGGUGCCACUGCACUCAGUAUCGCUGCUCAGGAGGGACACACUGAAAUUGUGGCCAUGCUUUUGGAAAAUGGUGCUGACCCAGACCUUCUGGAUCACUAUGGCCGCUGUCCGGUAAAAGUUGCAGGAAAGAGAGGUCAUUUCAGCAUUGUCCGCCUACUAGAGAGCUAUGGUGCUAAGCCAUUCCUUGGACUCCUACCUUUACUCUGUGAAACUCCAGGAUCCUCCAGUUCCUCCAUUCUGAAAACUCAGGUUUCCAUCUGCACUGUAGAGGGGUUUGGAAAUGGUACCCCAGCCACUUCCUCCACCUCAUCAAACUCUUUGUCAGCCUCUUGCUCACCUGCUUCUACGGCUGAGAGAUUCCAUUCAGUGCCUGGUUCUCAGACAUCUUCCUCCACGUGUCACUCUCUGGCCACGGUGCAGACUGUACCUGCAGACACCUUAAGCUUCACACAGCAGAUUCAGCAGCACUCACUACCCCGCUGCCGCAGUCGGCCAUCCACCUUACCUCUACAUGGCUCAAACCCUUCUAGCCUACAGAGAAGCAUUGCAAAGAACAAGCAGAAAGUAAUUUCCAAAGAUAACCCUACCCAUGCACAAUGCACGAUCCUUGGACUACAGGACUCGCAUGUUCCCCUUAAAGGCCUUGGGUCUGCACAAACAGCUGACUACAUCUUGAAGCAACAAACGCCUCACUUAAUUGAGAACGAGCUAGAAAACAGUCCCCUGAAAUCGGGAAGUUGCAAGUGGAACUCAGUAAUGCUGUCUCUAGGAGUGACACCAAACCAAGAGGGGGCUAUUAGACAGCCAAUAAAUAGAGACCGUUCACAUUUGGGUUAUCCCCCCCUUCAUCUUCAGUUCCAUGAACAAAAAGAGAGCUGGGAUGGCUUUCAAAAAACAACAAUUUCCCCAACCUUUGACCUCUCAGCCAUCUCUCCACAUGGUGCCUUAAUAGAGGAAUCUGUGUUCAUCACAACCACAGACCCUCAGCUUAACCUCAAACAAGCCAUUAAAUUGCAGUUUGAGGGGCCAACCAGUGCAGCACUUUACAAGAGGGAAACACCACUCUAAGGCAACCUGUGAUAAUUAGGAGCUCAAGGAGCAGAGGGUGCUAUGAAGAAUUGCUGCAUGUAAGUCACUCAGGGUAGAGGAGAAGUGUGGUAAAGGAGCAGCAAAAGAAGAUGCAAAGAACUGAUGGACUUCAAAGGGCCUAUGCUGUGUACUUUCUGGAUAUUUUUAUGGCUAGUCACAAUGGACGACCGCUAGCUCCCCCUCACUUAAACAAUCACAGGAAAUAUUCUUACAAAGAAACACGACAGGGGAAUAUGGUUGCAUACAGGAAAAUGUGAUAACAUAAUGCGAUCAAAGAACACCAUAAAAAGGAAGACAAACCUAAUAUAUAUUUUAUUUGCACACAUACAGGAGGGAGUUGUUAUAUAGUGGCUGUAACGUGGCCCAAGGCAGAGCAUGCAUAGUAUAGGUAUUGUACAUAAUGUCCUAUAUGUCCAGCAACAUAGGAUUCAUCUUUACAGAGCAAGGAAGAACGAAUCGAAACAAUUCUAAAUAAAUCAUAGCAAAUCAAUGCCGAAUAUAAUAUAUUAGGAAAGUUCUAUAAAUAAAACCAAUUGUUUUGCAGGUUUUUUACAAAUAUUUUUGAUAUCUAUGAUGCUGGACUUAUGGGAAACCCUGUAUAAUAAAGCACCUUUUAAUGCAUUUUUUUCUUUUCAUCCUUUUUGCAAAAUAAUGUGCACGGUGCCAGAGAAAACCGUUCAUUUAUUUGGAAUGCACACCAGCAUUCAACAAAAAUACCAUAACCAUUUUUAACUGUCCCUCUGAGUAUUUUGCAUUCCUUUUAAGGAAUGUUUAGGUCAUCAGUGCUGACCCCUUUUAUGGCUGUGUCUUAAGCUUGGUGUUACCAUGCUAUAUUUGAGUAUAUUUAUGUUUGUUCUCAUUGUACUCAUUAUGAUGGAUAUUCUCUUUUGUUUAAACAGUAAAUUAACAGACCGCUUAGCCAAUAAUUUUGCAAUAUUUAAAAGCAGGUUGUAUUACAUGGAUUAAAAGUAAUGAUGGAUUUAGGAUGAUAUUACAGUUAGAAAGAGAAAGGUGCCAAAAAUUCGGAUAAUGGCAGGUGCCGUGAAUAUAUGAGAGAGAGGUUCCAAGAAAAAAAAGAAAGGAUUUUAAACUUUGCUAGAUGUAAUAUACUUAUAUAAACACAGUCACACUGUAAAUAGAUUCUUUAAUUAAUAUUAUAACUUUCACUAUUCAUGUUAAUGGGUAAUGCGAACAAUUGUUUAUAAGGAUUUUCUUUUUAAUGACAUUCCAUCACUGACUUUGUUAUGCACUGUGACAAACUUGCAGCUAAAGAGCAAGAACUACUCUCUAGGACGGACUCACUCUCACACACUCUCUCUCUCUCUCACACACACACACACAUAACGCAUACACAACAGGGUCCAAAAAAAAGCACGUUUUUUUCCCCCGUCAGUACAAAAAUGUUUUGUCACUGAAAUGUGCACAAAAGAGUGUCUUAUGUGCUAAUAUUCUGUAGUGCCUCUGUGUACAUAAAAGCUUUUACUAUAAAUUAUAGCUUUAACUGUGCAAAACGUUUAAAUGUUUGCUUAGUUUUUGUUGUGUCCCUGUAUUCUUUUUCAGUAUGUGUGACAAUAUCAGACAUUCUUCCCUGAGCUCAUUUUGUUUGUAGAUAUAUUGAAACACAUUUUCUCCUUCUCCGUCUCACAACUCGGUGAAGACUGUUUUAUUGCCUCUCCAAAGCUUGUUACGCAAAUAAGACAAACAAGUGAAAAUGCCACAUACACGCACGCGCGCACACACACACACACACGCACGUCAAGGCAUAUACAGAUAUAUGCAAAUUGUACACAAACUUUAACUAUCACAUCACAUAAAAUUCCAAUUCUAUUGACACUGAAACCGUUACUACAUUAGCGGCAGCGACGUCACAAACGUCAUUUUUCGUGAAGAUAACUUUUGAAUUAAAAUAUGAACGCUUGCCUGAUGAAGAUGAAAAGGAAGAAGGGAAGCCAGUUUCACCGGGAGCACGUUUAUAACGGGAACGUACAAAAUCAACGUAAGCUAGUUAGCCAAUGAGUGUAGCUUCUUUGGGAUCUAUUUCCACUAGCAGAGCAAAAAUAAACAAAACGUUUGACCAUAUUGUGUUUAAAAUGUCAGCUUCUCUAUAUUCAUUUCUUGCUCAUAGAACUGUUGUAUAAAAGCAAUAUUGCACUUACAAUCAUGUGAUUAGCUACGGCAUUCCUGUGAUUAUUGCGUACUGUAUAUAUGAUGGAAAAGACCAACAGCAGCCACUGUUUCAAACGCACGUUCACAGUUUGUCAGAACUUGUCCUUAUCUAUACAGUGCAGUAUAUGUACGAGUACACUCAAAGAUAUUAAGACAGUACAAACAUACACAAAAACAGUUCACAUGUCCCAAAAACACACAUCCUUCAGGCAGAUUAUAGCAGACCAUUUUGGUCAGGCUUUGAGCAUUUGUUUUCAGCCGUGCACUAUGGGUAGUGUAAUGUAAAUUGGAGAUUCCCGCAUAGGACACUUGAAAUAAUUUUAUAAGCAUUAGGCAUCCUGUCUAUAAAAGAAUUGGGGGAACGGCUGUGUACAUAUUCAUUGAAUUUUUAAAAAACGUAUUUAAUUUGUUUCGUCAUUGAGGUCUGCGUACUGUCCUGUUCUCUUCUGCUGUCUAGGUGCUGGCACUAGGGAGGCAGUUUGGACUUGUGGGGAUUAUUUUUUUUUAUCUAACCCUGCCUUCAGCUAUGCUUUUCUCCACUGUCUUCCCUUGCUUAGCUGAACACAUGUAACUUUGUCUAUGCAACAAACAUUCAAUUAUCAUAACAGAGAUAAUUGUUUGUCUGAAUGCCACCUUUCACAACAUUAUUAUAGAGCUAAUUAAGUAUGUUUUACAGCUAUCAGGGUUUAGCAACCCCUGGAACAUUAUGAUGGCAUUUUAAAUAGUAUAUUGAUAUACGUGUUGCUAUGAGCAGCUUUUUUCAGCUCACCUUUAACUGCUCCAUCAGUGGAAACUGGCCACCAGCUAACCAGAUAUUAUUUGCCCAGUCUCAGCACAGCUGCUGUACUGCCAGUGUAGCUGUGUAGUAUUAUAUGUGGUGCUGGUAUGAGUAUCAAACUCAGCAACAUUGAUGUUUUUUAAACAAAAAAAACACUUGAACUCCUGGCUUGAGAUAAUAGUCCACCAACCAGAAUUACUCAUCUUACAGUAGUGUUGUAAACAGAAACUGACAACCACUAA